AUUCUAUCGCAUCCGGGGCUCGACUGGACGCCUCUUUGUGAGAAUCGGAGGUAGGCUCCCUUGCUAGCCCUUUCCCAUCCAUAUUUCUUCGCCAUGUUGCGCUCUUCCAUUCGUCCUCGUCUUUUUCCAUUCUCUCUCUUGUCAACUCCCACGAACUCAUCGCUACUCUCUCCACGUAACUUCCUCAGCAUCGCCAUCAUGGAGAACGACAACCCCAACAGACGUCCCAGGAAUAACCGCCGCAAGCGGCCUGCGGCUUCCAGCACGCCCGAUUCCCAGUCGGAGCGUCAGUCGCAGCGGUCGCGCGGUUUCAAUCAGCGCGGGCCGCAGCAUGGAGGUGGCCAAACCGCCGCCAUGUCGACCGCGGCGGCGGCGGCGGCUGAGCCUGUCGUCUCGUCUCCUGCCUUGACGCCUGCCCCCGCCGGUGACAGUGACGCCCCGCGCUUCGCCGACCUCGCCGAGGACAAGCUCAUCGACCGCGUCAUCCUCGACACCAUCACCCAAGACCUCAAGUUCGACCGCAUGACGCCCGUCCAAGCCGCCACCAUUCGCCACCUGGUGACAGACCGCGGUGACGUGCUGGCCCAGGCCAAGACGGGCACCGGCAAGACCAUCGCAUUCCUCCUCCCUGCCAUCCAGGCCCUCCUGCGCCGCGAUCGCUCUCGCGGAAACGCUAUCUCGCUUCUUGUCAUCUCGCCGACCCGAGAGCUCGCCCUGCAGAUUGCCAAGGAGGCCGAGAUGCUGCUGCAGCGCAUGCCCUCCAUCAAAGUGGCAACCGCCAUCGGCGGCACCAACAAGAACGCUGAGGAGAAGCGGAUUCUCAGAGGCUGCCAGAUCCUUAUCGGCACCCCAGGACGCAUCUUCGACCACUUGACCACCGACGGCAAGAAUAGCGAAAUCCGCGCCAUGCUGCAGGGUCUGGACACGCUGGUUCUGGACGAGGCGGAUCGGCUGCUGGACAUGGGCUUCCUGCCGUCUCUCAAGCAGAUCGUCUCUUGCCUGCCGCCCAGAGACAAGGUCCCCCGCCAGGGCAUGCUGUUCUCAGCCACCAUGGCAGACCAUGUGGCCAAGGUGGCCAAUAUCGCGCUUGCCCCGGGCUACAAGUUCAUCUCGACCAUUGCCGCCGGCGAGAAAAACACGCACGAUCGCGUGCCCCAGCACCUCGUAGUCGUCCCAACCUUCUCCGACAUGGCCGUCGGCCUGGCCGGGGCCAUCCGCCACGAGCUCGACCAGGCGCCCGACAAGGGUGCUUUCAAGGCCAUAGUGUUCGCGCCCACUGCCGGUCUGGUUGACUUCUAUGCAACCGUGCUCGGGAAGCUCCCGAGUCUUCCUGCCGUGUCGACGCUGCACUCGCGCAUGUCGCAGCCCAAGCGCACCAGCGUGACCGACGAUUUCCGCAAGGCCGCGUCGGGCAUCAUGAUCGCGACCGAUGUCAUCGCGCGCGGCAUGGACUUCCCCGCCGUUUCCAACGUCUUCCAAGCCGGCAUCCCCGCGGACAAGGAGUCGUACAUCCACCGCCUGGGCCGCACGGCGCGGGCGGGUGCCGAGGGCCGCGGCACGCUCAUUGUCACGUCGUACGAGGAGUACUUCCCGCGCCGCGUCAUGAAGGACAUCACCUUUGUCAACCAGGAGGCCGACAUGUCGUCGCGCGCCGACGUCACCCAGGUCACCGAUCAGCUCGAGGACGCCCAGAAGACCAAGACGUACCAGGCCUGGCUGGGCUUCUACAGGCCGUUUGUCAAGGCCCUGGGCUGGAACGACAUCCGCCUCGUGCAGGAGGCCAAUAUCUUCGCCCGCGACGGCCUCGGCGCCCCUGAAACGCCUGGCCUGGCCAAGUCUACGAUUGGGAAGAUGGGGCUCAAGGGAGUCCCGGGCCUCAGGGCCGUUCCCGACCCGCCCAGGACGCACCAGGGCGGCAGGGGUAGGCAGGGGUAGGGUGUGCCGUGCGCUGGUGCUUUUGGUGGACACCUAUCGCCGCCUGGUUCUUCUUUGCACGGCCUUUUAUCUAUUUGCGACGGGUAUAUUCGAUAGACCUUUCUUGCGAUGGUCUUUGUACUGUAUUGGUCGAGUCUAUGAUGGUUUCUUUACGACUCUAGCUCUCUCAUGGCAGCCCGCUGUAGGGUUUGCGGUUUCAUGAUACCCUGGAUCAUAGACUGGAGGCGGCACUUUAAAAGGUUUAGAAUAGAAUGAUGCUGGGCAGGUGUGGUUUGUUAAUCUAUUUGUUGUUCUCCAGCAUCUCCCUAUCCUCCGGUCAGUGGUCGUCUGUGUUACAACUGUAGUCGCCAUCUUGUCCUCACAUAUACCAGUUUCCUGGCUUGUUGAUGCCAGACUACACAUAGCGUGGUCAAUAUGCAUAAUGUGGCUUGGG